UCUUGUCAAAACACAAACUUUCCAUUCUUCAUUAUUUUAAUCACAGAGAUCAAAAGCCUCAAGAUUGAUUCUGGGGUUCAGAAUUGCUCACCGAGCAAGCAGCAAGAGCAUGCUCUGAGCAAUCCCUCCCCUCCCCCCCCCCCCCCCCCCCCCCCCCCUUCUCUUUUUUUCUCAAUUUCCCAAUCUCCAUGGCCUUCUUCUCUCCUCCCCUCUUCCACCCCCUAUCCCUAUCUCCUUCUCCUUCUUCUUCCAAACCCCAACUGACCCACAAGCCUUAUCUCUCUCUCCGACCCAGGAAAGUCCCAUUUCUCAUUUCCCCAAAAGUUGCAGAGAACGGAGCCGGCGCAGGUCAGACCUCUGCCGCCGCCGUAGAGGACCAAAAUGCUGCUCAGAAGAUUCCAGAGUCUGGUCCGGCCGGCCCAGAUUCGACACCGGAGAAGGGUGAGAGUUCUGUGGGCUCCAACGGGUCGCCGGCGACGAUGGUAGCCAAGUUUGAGAAUCCCAGAUGGGUCGGUGGGACUUGGGACGUGAAGCAGUUUCAGAAAGACGGGAAGACUGAUUGGGAUGCUGUUAUUGACGCCGAGGUUAGGAGGAGGAAAUGGCUUGAGGAUAGUCCUCAAUCAUCCAGUAAUGAUGAUCCUGUUGUUUUUGACACCUCUAUUAUACCUUGGUGGGCGUGGGUAAAGAGGUUCCAUCUUCCCGAAGCUGAACUACUCAAUGGUCGUGCUGCAAUGAUUGGGUUCUUCAUGGCUUAUUUCGUGGAUGGCUUGACUGGCUUAGGCCUUGUUGACCAAAUGAGCAACUUCUUCUGCAAAACACUAUUACUUGUAGCUGUAGUAGGAGUUCUUCUAAUUCGAAAGAAUGAAGACAUUGAGACACUGAAGAAGCUUAUAGAGGAGACAACCUUCUACGACAAGCAAUGGCAAGCAACCUGGAAGGAUGAGACCCUUGGCAGUUUCAAGAAUGACUAAAAUCAAAUAUCUGUUUGUGAUCUUUCCCUUGAAAACUCUCAAGGGGACUGACUUUAAUGCUGCAUAGCUGUAGUGUCUCUGUUUUGUUCACCCUCCUUUGUUUUUUAAGUUCUUUCAAGUUUGUUCAGUUUCCAUGCACACGAAAAUGUUCUGCUUUUGCAAUUUCCUUUUUGGCCUAAAGAAACACAACAUCUAUAUGUAUUGUGUAUUAAGGAAUCCGUGGCAAUUUCCUUUUUGGGCUAAAGAAACACAUCAUUUAUAUGUAUUGUGUAUUAAGGAAUCAUGGCAAUUCAUUAUGAAUUUUUUCUUCUUCUAA